UCUGCUGAGCUUCUUCCUGCGCCUGCCGAUGGUCGGCAAAGAGCUGGAGGAGGCCACGCAUGAGCACAUGUGGCUGCGGGAGGAGCAUCUCAAUCAGGAGAUGACUCAGCUGAUGGAGGAGCUGGAGCAGAGCACCUCUGCCCCGGGAGCCCUGCUCUUGGCUGCCUUGCAGCACUGGCAGUUCUGGGCGGUCGCUGGAGUCCUAGUGCUGCUCCUUGGGCUCUGCUGGUGGCUGAGGAAAAGGAGCCAGCAGCCAGAGAGCAGCUGGGAAGAGGAGAUCACCUCCUGCGGCAGCCGAGAGGACGAGGAAGAAGCAGGCGAAGGAGAGGACUCUGACGAUGAGGGGCGUCUGGUCAGGAUUUUGGCAAAGCGCGUCCGUGGGGCAAUGAAGAGCGUGGCCUACAAGCGCCGGGUGGCGGAAGAUCUGGUGAGCGACCUCCUUGGCGUCUUCCAAGCGCGCUUGGCCAACAGUUUCUUCCCCGUGCUGGAGCCAGCCAUCGGGGUGGGCAGCGCCUUUGAAGGUUGGAAUCCCCGGGGGCAUGAUGCGGUCUACCGCCUGCUUGUGCCCCUGAAGCCUCCCCGUGGGCACACGUUCCAUCUGGAGCAGGCCUCUGCGGAGAAGAUGCCGGCAAAGAACUGCAUCCGCGUUCAGCUGGAAUGCACCUGCAUGAGGGGCCAAGGUGUGGAGAACAUGCUCUGCUUCGUGCACCAGCCCCAGGAGGCGCUGAGGACAACUCAGGAUUCCAACCUCCUAAACGACCUCUGCACCAGCGCUGCACGUCCAGGCUUCUACCUGGACGUGCAGAAAAUUGCCCGCUGGUUCCAGACCUUGGUGAGCUCAGCCUGGGGGGAGAUGGCUCAGUGGCAUCACUACAGCAUGAAGGUGCUGCCUUCCCGCCGCUCCUGCAAGCUGCAGCUGACGAAUGCCUGCGGGAGAUCCCUCUUUGUGGAGCUGAUGUUCGGGGUGCAGCAAGGCGACUCGGACAUCUUCCUGAGCAGCCAGGUUGCAGAGCACCCCGGCUGCUUCAUCCCGGGCACAACGUGGGCAGAGAGCUAUGCCGUGGCCGAGGCCAAGUUCUUCAGGCACAUGGCCAAGCAGGCCCCGCAGGACAGCUUCCACCUCACAUGCCUGCAGCUCUGCGCCGGCAUCCUGGAGAGCACAAGCUUUUCCACCGGCACCUUGAAGACCGUUGGGAUGCACCUCCUCAACACCCUGCCCCCGGCAAGCUGGACAAGGAGGGAAUUCGUCUCGCGGAUGCAGGAUAUCAUGUGGGACCUGCGCCAGUGCUUGGAGGAGAAACGCCUCGACCACUUCUUCCUUGGCAAUGAGAACAUGCCCGAGGACAUCGCCUUGCCCCCAGCCUUCCAGGCGGCUGAGCCCCUCAACCUCUUCCAGUGCCUGGUGCAGGAUCCAGCUGCCCACGCCAAGGCACUGCGUGAGCUUGAGGAAGUGCAAGCUCAGCUCAGAAGACUGCUCUUCUAUGGAGUCUGAAAGAGGUCUUCAUGGACAGAGCCGUGCCUGUGUCCCCUCGGCUGCCCCGCGUCUUCAAGAGA